CCCCUCCAACAGUCAAUCACACAGCACUCAUCAUCUUCUUCUUCAUCUUCCUCUCCUUCCCAAUCCCACCAAGGUCUUAGCCAGAACCACAAAAUCCACAAAACCAACCCAACCAUGUCACCACUCAGCCCAGUCCCAUCCAGCAAACAACCUCAAUCCAAGCGAGCCAUGUUGGGAAGCGUCUUCAACCAGAUCACCGAGAUCACCAACAUCAACAACCUCAGGCAAUUCCAGGCAACCUAUGACCCUCGUCAAGCUCCAGAAACAUUGAAGCUUCAAUUGCUCAUCAAAGCACAGAAGAGCCUCGUAGUCGACUCAGAAGGAUUGGCGCGGGACUCACACAUGGUCUCCAAACAGCUCUACCUCUGGGCAUGCGAACAACCCGAUCAAGCACUCAAGGAUGUCGGCGAUCGAUUGGCAUACAUGAACUACCAAAUCGGAGAUCUCCAACAACAGUGCUCUAAAACCCUCGAAAAAUCUAGAAAUGAUCUCAAGGAGAUUCGCAACUUGGAGAACGAGUUAAUCAAAAUACGCGAUCGAGAAAAGACGCUUCAAAUUCAAAUCAACAAACUUCUCCAAGAUCCACGACAGAGGCCAGAGACCAGUGAGAAGAUCAGCUCGCUGACAGCCGAGCAUGCUGCAGUAGUAGAAAAGAUGAAAGAGACCGAAGCGAUGAUCCCGGCGCACAAGCGUUUAUUGAUCAAGAGCUCAUACCGCACCCAGUUCGAGGCCCUUCGCGAGAUGGGCGAUAAGCUGAUGAUCAUCAGCCAGUUCGGCGACCUCUUACUCGACGAACUUCCUGAAGAUCCUCAUCUUCAAUACUCGGGAGAAGACCGCACCGCUCAGAUCAAGGGGGCCGCUUCACAAGCCCUAUCGGAUUAUAAUGGCCCCGUCUUCUCAAGACCCAAUACUGAUCUAGGCAAUCUUCACAGCUCACAGUUAACUGGCGGAGGUUCAUCAUCAUUACAUCGCACCGAUACUCGAUUGUUUAGUGAAACUCACCCGCAUGUGCUGGCUGACGUCUCGAACGAUUCGCACGCAGGUGCGAACAUUGGAUCCUCUAGUAGUCACUCACCAAGGCCAAGUGGCAGUACGACGACUGGAAUCCUACCGGUAAACCACCAACCUGCCUUUGUGCCCUCGUCCCAACCGCCCAAGCUACCCAACAGACCCUGUUCAAACUUUGCUGAGAGCAGCAGCCAUCCAGGAGGCAGUUCGGCUGAGAAGAUGCACACCUUCUUUGCGUCGCCUGAGCUCGAACACGGCCAGCCUACCGUCGCUGAGGUCGGCGCUCAUGUCCCAACAACCACCAACGGGCCCGCCCAGGGAAUCCUCCAUCCUCCUCAUUCACAACAACAACAACUUCAUCAUCAAGACCAAAGUCAACAACAGUCUCAGGACUCAGACCAGCUUCCUGCUUACAGUCCCGUUCCGCCUGAGAAACUUUGACCGCCCCGAUCAUCUAUCUGCUCAUGGACUUUUUUU